GUAAGUUGUGAACACCCAGGCAGGCCCCUGCUGUUUCAAGCAGAACUCCAAGCAGCUAGCAAUCCUGGCCCAGGCAGGCAAUGUACAGCAUUAUAAUUAUAGCAUUGUCAAGCACAGGCUCCUCCAGUGCUUCAAUGAGUUUAUUCUCUCCCUCUGGAGAAGCUUUGGCACAAAAUGCAACACGGGGGAAUUGAAAGGGCCUUCGGUUGGCUAGCUGCCAGUUCUGCAAACCGCAAUGUCAAUGAUACGAUGCAUUGUGCAUCUUUGAAGGCCAGGACUGCAGGGAGGCCUCUAGUACGCAAGAUCUAGUGAUUCACUGGUGACAGCAUUGCAGGACUGGCUGGUGACCGCAGCGAAGGGCUUCAUCAUUCCCCACGUCGGCAACUUUUUGGUUUGACCCAUCGGCCAUAGAUGCAGAUUCUCAGGGGACACAUGCCUGGGGAGCCUCUGAUGUUGCCGCUCCUAAGGACGAAGAGAAAGGAUGUAUUGAAGAUUUCAAAGGAGGCAGUCAUCCAGGCUCUAAAGCCAAGACUUGUACUGGAGCUCUCAAACAUGAUUGAAUCUGAGAGCGAGCAGAAUCAAUUUAAGAUCCUUUGUAAAAGGAUUGAUGCCAGCGUCAGAUCCUGGUACAACGGUCAGUUUGAGGAAUUAACAUACUUGUACUCAUUCUUUGACCCAGUCACUGGCCCCUCCAAGAUUUCUCAAUACGACCUGUCUUCUGAGCAACUGAACAAGCUGGAGGUUAUGUUCUUGAAGCACGUCAUGCAGAUGUUUGAGAAGAGUAACUUCAAGCUCGUUAGUCAGUCGGAGUAUGACUUGGCUCAGAAAGGAGAGUACCUUCUCACCUUACCAAUAGAAGUGGACUUGAAACGCCUCGAUACUCGGCUGUGGUCCAGGUUUUUCGCAACCGAAGGACGGCAGGACAUGCCGUCCUACUCGACACAUUACUUACUCUUUCGUGGGGGAAUUGGCAUCGACCAGACGUCCGGUUUUUUUGUAGUCGAAAAGAUCGAGCUGCUGAUGGCUAGACUUAUCCAGUGCGUGUUAUGGCCACUGCUAUACAUCUGGAACCGACUUGUGAGGUGCAUUUACAGCACCUCCACGGAAGCAGAGUACGGAGAGCUUCGAGGCGCCAACGAUGAAGAGAGCGCAUGUCCCGGGAGAGACGACAUAUCUUUAGAGCGGGUUAGGUUAGAGAACAUGCAGAUUAGUUUAAAAAAUCUAGUGACAAAGACGACAAUUCAAGAGCCUACCUUUGAACGCAUCAUCCUUCUGUACAGGAAAGCAACGGCGCCGGACUGCCCAGACGCGCUGGGGGACCGAGCAAUCUACAUCAAGCACUUCCAGAACAUUCCCAUGGCUGACAUGGAGCUCGUGUUGCCAGAAAAGAGGAAUCCCGGCUUGACGCCCAUGGACAGCGUCAAGAUGGCGGUCUCCGCAAUCGCUGGUGCGGGGGCGCUGUGGCAUACAUUGACUGCGGAUGAGGUCGACUUCAAGGUCCUGGUGGCCAUCGUGACAGCGGUCGGGGGCUAUAUCUUCAAAGUGCAUACGGACUACCAGAUUGCACGCAACAAGUACCAAAGUUUGCUGGUCAAGUCCAUGUACGACAAGAGCAUGGACAACGGGAAGAGCACGCUGCUGCACCUGUGUGAUGACGUCAUUCAGCAGGAAGUAAAGGAAGUCAUUCUCGCAUACUUCGUGCUCAUGACGCGAGGGAAGUUGUCGGAAGAAGAACUCGACGGAUGUUGCGAGGAUUUACUAGAGAACGUGUUUGGCGAGGCGGUCAACUUUGAGGUGUCCGACGCCAUCGGCAAAUUGGAGCACCUGAAGCUCGUUUCGAAGGAUCUGGACAGUCGUUUCUCGCAUCAGGUGCUAACAGAAGCUAACUUGAUGUUGGGUCCAACUUAUGAGGAGCUUUUCGGAGUCGAGAAAGAAGAGCGUGCAAAUGCACCUUCAGCUACCUCGAGACAAGUUCAAAGUAGGAUUGCCACGGAGCCGUGAGAACUAUAUUUAGGAUGAUUCUAAAGGUACUCAGACUCCAUAUACAAACCUUAACUUAUGAGCUCCUAUGCUUGGCUAAUAGUUGCACGCGCCUAGCUGCUUGUAAAGAAAAAAACAAGAGUCUGGAUCGUUUGGAUAAGCUGAUAUGGAGAGGAGGUUACCGUUGAGCAGUCAAGUUACGAAGCCCCAUAGAUCAACC